CUGAUCGUGUUUUAUUCACUGCUGAUGCUCAGAGUCGGACGAUGCACAGACGAUCUGAACUUUGAGAUGAAGACUGUUGAUGUUGGAGAUGAUGUGACUCUGACUUGCGCCCGUCAGAAGUCUUUGCUUUCAACAUUUGAUUUGUUUUGGAUCCGGCUGGUUUCUGGAAACAUGCCUGAAUCACUGGGAGGGACAUUUAACUUUGAUUAUGAUGGUGUGAACAAAACUCCUCGUAUUACAGCAAAACAAGGCGAUGGAACAUUUCUUCUGCAUAUUAGUGAAGCACAGUUAAGUGAUACUGGACUUUACUACUGUGUAAAGGUGGACAGCCUCCACAUGACAUUUGUGGAAGGAACAUUUCUAAGACUUCAAGGACCAGAACCAGAUGUCACCGCCGUCAUUCAACUCCCUCCAUCUGAUCCGGUCCGUCCAGGAGACUCAGUGACUCUGCAGUGUUCAGUCCUCUCUGACUCCCAGAACAAACCGUGUCCAGGAGAUCACAGUGUGUUCUGGUUCAGAGCCGGAUCAGAAUCUGAGCACAGUUUCAUUUACUCUCAUGGAAACAGUGGUGCUGAAUGUGAGACGAGUCUCGAGGCUCGAUCUCCACAGAAAUGUGUCUACAGCUUCUCUAAGAACGUCAGCUCCUCUGAUGCCGGGACUUAUUACUGCGCUGUGGCCACAUGUGGAGAGAUUCUGUUUGGAAAUGGAACAAAACUGGACACUGAAGCACUCAACAUGUGGAAUUUGCAGACGGCCAAUAUAGUUGUGUUUCUGCUCUGUGAUGCUCUGGUGAUAAGUCUGAUUGUGAUUUCCUACCUGAGUUACACCAUGAAGAAGAAAUCUUGUGGUUGUUGCAACGAUGCUGUCGUGGAAACAAAUGCCAGUGAUGGUCAGCAAAGUCAGCAGAGAGAUGAAGAGUCGUUGACUUAUUCUGCACCGACAUUCACCAAGAGGAAACCUCGCAAAGCAGACAGAAACACGGUAAAACCAGUAGAGGCAGAGACGACCUACUCUGACAUCAGGACUUUUGUUAGAGAUUAACAAUCUCAACUAUGGAUUCACUAAUUUAACACAAUAUCAUUUGGAUAAAAGGUACAGCUGCACAACAAUCUCACACCUGAUAUCAGUAAAAUUCUCUCAUCGUGACAUGUUUUGUAUUUUUGUAGUCACUGUAAAAAAAAGUUUGUUCGGUAAUUAUAUAAAAGAGAAAAGGUUAACAGGACAGAAAUGCUCAUGACGAUAACAUUUAAGUUUAAAUGGCUGUCAGUAAUAUCCUGCAUCUCAUACAUAUUAAGUCUUGGUUUAUUUUUGUGCAUUUUUUAUCAUUGAAGAGUUUAAUCAAGCUGCUGAUCGAACAGACUUUUGAAAGGUUGUUGAGUGAAGUUCCCGAUCUGUUAACUUCUCCUGUAAGUCUCAGUGCAGUGUAAAAAUAAUUGUACUAAAUUAAAUGAUGUUUUCUGUUUCUGCUUUGUGUGUUUCUGAACAACUUUUUAACGACAAUUAUU